AUGGAGGCCAGUCAGGCCGAGGAAGUCCAACUUGAAACUACUCUUGAGCUUGAAGCAAGUAACUUUGUGACGUCAUGUGUUGAGGCUGUCCAACUCGUCCAUACUAAUCAGGCUGACUUUGGGUGGCAACGCCAUUCAGCAGCAAUCUUAUCAGAUGUAAACCUUACAAUAUCUCCUCGUUCAUUGACUAUAGUUGUGGGGCACGUUGGUUCGGGGAAAAGUGCCCUCCUGAAAGCAAUUUUGGGCGAGAUCCCUUGUUUGAAGGGCUUCAUCCACGUCGAAGUCUCCGGAAUUUCAUUUUGCGAUACCAAGACAUGGAUUCGCAACCGAUCUAUCUGCGACAACAUUUGUCACCCACUGCCUUAUGAUAAGGAAUGGUACCGCACUGUGAUAUUCUCGACUGCGCUGCAUUACGAUAUUGAUUAUCUGCCCCAAAAAGACCACACGAUCAUUGGAAGUAACGGUCUUUCAAUGAGCGGUGGGCAACGGCAGCGGAUUGCCAUUGCUCGUGCGGCUUAUGCUCGCACAAAGUUGGCUAUCUUCGAUGACUCUCUCAGUGCUCUUGAUACUUCCACCUCUGCUCUAGUCUUUACUCGUGUUUUUGGAUCUCAGGGUAUCCUGCUACAGCAUGGAACUGCUGUUAUCUUGGCGACAUAUGACUGGAACUACCUUGCCGACGCUGAUAAUGUCAUUGUCAUUGGCGACGGAAGGAUCCGGGAGCAGGGGCCUCCUUCAGGGCUCAAAAUUCUCAAGCCUCACAAGCUCGAGGCUGCAAAAGCAAAUUUUGUUUCUUCCCACGAACAGACAGAUGGCAUACAGGCAACUACGCCUUCCAGAAACAUCGCAAGUCUCGACGGGAAGUCUGCAAAAAAUCAAGGGGACUUCCGCGACUAUGUUUACUAUUUCAGAGCAUCUGGUGGGUGGUCAAUGAUUCUCUACGCAGGAGCUCUGACUGUUGGCGUGUUUUGUGCUCAAUUUACUAGUAAAUACACACGAAAUCUUUUUAUUAUGCUCUAUGAUAACGUCUAG